CCCUCCUACUGCCGCCGCAUUGGCCGGCGCUUCCGAAGGGAGGAAGUGUGGUGGGCGGCAGGCCGGCGCCGCCAACGACACCCCUGGAUUGUCGGCUCCUGCUAAAGAUGAAUAUUAUGGAUUUCAAUGUGAAGAAGCUGGCGGCUGAUGCUGGCACGUUCCUCAGCCGAGCCGUACAGUUUACAGAAGAGAAACUUGGGCAAGCAGAGAAGACAGAAUUGGAUGCUCACUUAGAAAAUCUUUUGUGUAAGGCAGAAUGUACAAAACAAUGGACAGAAAAGAUUAUGAAACAGACAGAAGUAUUGUUGCAACCAAAUCCAAAUGCUAGAAUAGAAGAAUUUGUUUAUGAGAAACUGGAUCGCAAAGCGCCAAGUCGUAUGAAUAAUCCAGAAUUACAGGGCCAGCAUAUGAUUGAUGCUGGGAAUGAAUUUGGCCCAGGAACAGCAUAUGGAAAUGCUCUUAUUAAAUGUGGAGAAACACAGAAAAGAAUUGGGGCAGCGGACAGAGAACUAAUACAGACUGCUGCAAUAAACUUCCUUACCCCUCUUAGAAAUUUUAUUGAAGGAGACUAUAAAACAAUUACUAGAGAACGCAAACUAUUACAAAAUAAAAGGCUAGAUUUGGAUGCUGCCAAAACUAGACUGAAAAAGGCAAAAGUAGCAGAGGCUCGAGCUUCACAACUAAACCUGUCUCCACCUGAUGAAAAUAACAUUAUGAUAUGGGCAGAGGAAGUGACAAAAUCUGAACAGGAAGUUCGGAUAGCCCAAAGUGAGUUUGACCGGCAAGCAGAAAUUACUAGACUUCUGUUGGAAGGCAUCAACAGUACACAUGCACAUCAUCUUCGUUGUUUAAAUGAUUUUGUAGAAGCCCAGCUGACUUACUAUGCACAAUGUUAUCAGUUUAUGUUGGACCUUCAGAAACAGCUUGGAAGCUUUCCAUCUACAGUUCUUGCCAACAAUAACCAGUCAUCUUCAAUCUGUGCUCCAAGUAGUUCUUCUAUCAAUAUGUCCUCAGCUACUGUUACACCCUCCCUAUCUUCAAUAAGCAGUGCAGCAGCUUCUUCAAGCUUUGGUGAAUUGAAGUCUUCAAGUGGUAGUAGAAAAGCCAGAGUACUUUAUGAUUAUGAUGCUGCAAACAGCACUGAAUUAUCACUUCUUGCAGAUGAGGUAAUAACAGUGUACAGUAUCCCUGGCAUGGAUUCAGACUGGUUGAUGGGUGAACGAGGAAAUCAAAAAGGCAAAGUGCCUAUUACUUACUUAGAACUGUUAAACUGAGUGGUUGGCUUUGUAUAAAGACUACCAGUUAUGGUGAGACCAUAUUUAUAUGCAAUUUAACUUUAUAUAAACCAGAUUUAAGUGUCUUCCAUGUUAAUGUCUUAAUGGAUGAGAAUAACAAACAUUAGAAAUGGGCUUUUCUUGCCAGUAUUGUUGCAUGGUAGAUACUGUUUUCAGAACUAAAUUGUUUAAGGGCUUUUUACUUUAUGUGCCAAGAUUGUUACCUACAUAACUUUGUUUCUAUUGGAGUUUUCACUAAUAACAGUUUUCUGCUUUUGAGUACUCUAAACCUGAAAGGGAAAACCGUUUUCUACAGAACUUUUCAUAAUGACAAGCUUCUUCACAACAAUAAAUUGUUGAAAAAUG